AUGUGCCAUACGGUCUACCAUGAAACGAGACCGAUAUUAAACUCGGCCCAGAAAUCGCUGCUGGGUAAUCGUCGUGGCACGAAAUCGGAACUUAAUAUGUACGUACGACUGGGGAGUCGCCUACCAUUUGCGCUGGCAGCUGAAAAGCAAUUCGGAGCAACGGAACGACAACCCCUCUAG